GGGCGGAGACGCCACCAGGGGCCUGGUCCAGGAAACCCGGCCGCCCUGGUGCUUCCGAGGGCGCCCACGAGGAGCUCAGCUGCUCCGCCUCCCUUAAAACGCCAGGACGCGGGGGAACGAGCCCAGCAGGCGGCCAGGCUUGACCUUGACCGUUGACUGUGCUAGCUUUGCUCUGGCUGCCCGGCAACGGCGCGCUCCCCGCUCCCCGCGGGCCCGCGGUUGAUCCCGCCCCUCCCUCAGGCGGAAUCGCCGGUGAUCCAGGCCGGGUUUUGCAGCGGAGCUGUUGGGUUGCGCGUGCUGAUUCCUCUCCGGUAGCAGCGGGCUGCGAGAGAUCAUGGUGCUGAGCCAAGUCUGGACCACUCUGUCCGGAGUCUCCGGGGUUGCCCUAGCCUGCUGCUUGUUGUCGGCGGCGGUGGUCCUGCGAUGGACAGGGCGCCGGACGGCCCGGGGAGCGGCGGCCAGGGCGCGGCGGAGGCAGCGAGCCGGCCUGGAGACCAUGGAUAAGGCGGUGCAGCGCUUCCGGCUGCAGAACCCUGACUUGGACUCAGAGGCACUGCUGGCCUUGCCUCUGCCCCAACUAGGACAGAAGUUACACAGCGGAGAGCUGUCCCCAGAGGCUGUGCUCUUCACCUACCUGGGAAAGGCCUGGGAAGUGAACAAAGGGAUCAACUGUGUGACCUCCUAUCUGACUGACUGUGAGACUCAGCUAUCCCAGGCCCCACGACAAGGCCUGCUCUAUGGUAUCCCUGUGAGCCUCAAGGAAUGCUUCAGCUACAAGGGCCAAGACUCCACGCUGGGCUUGAGUCUGAAUGAGGGGGUGCCAUCAGAGGGUGACAGUGUGGUGGUGCAGGUGCUGAAGCUGCAGGGCGCCGUGCCCUUCGUGCACACCAAUGUCCCCCAGUCCAUGUUAAGUUUUGACUGCAGUAACCCGCUCUUUGGCCAGACUCUGAACCCAUGGAAGUCCUCCAAGAGCCCAGGUGGUUCCUCGGGGGGCGAGGGGGCUCUCAUCGGAUCUGGGGGCUCCCCUCUGGGCUUAGGCACGGAUAUUGGAGGCAGCAUCCGUUUCCCUUCUUCCUUCUGUGGCAUCUGUGGCCUCAAGCCUACCGGGAACCGCCUCAGCAAGAGUGGCCUGAAGGGCUGUGUCUAUGGACAGACAGCAGUGCAGCUUUCUGUUGGCCCCAUGGCCCGGGAUGUGGAGAGCCUGGCAUUGUGCCUGAGAGCCCUACUGUGUGAGGACCUGUUCCGCUUGGACCCCACCGUUCCCCCCUUGCCCUUCAGAGAGGAGAUCUACAGAAGCUCUAGACCCCUGCGGGUGGGCUACUAUGAAACUGACAACUAUACCAUGCCUAGCCCAGCCAUGAGGAGGGCCGUGCUGGAGACCAAGCAGAGUCUGGAGGCUGCUGGCCACACGCUGGUUCCCUUCUUGCCAAACAACAUACCCUACGCUCUGGAGGUCCUGUCCGCAGGUGGGCUGUUCAGUGACGGUGGCCAUACUUUCCUCCAGAACUUCAAAGGCGACUUUGUAGAUCCCUGCUUGGGGGACCUGAUCCUAAUUCUGAAGAUACCCGGGUGGUUGAAAACACUGCUGAGCUUCCUGCUGAAGCCUCUGUUUCCUCGACUGGCAACCUUUCUCAACAGCAUGCAGCCUCGGUCGGCUGGACAGCUGUGGGAACUGCAGCAUGAGAUUGAGAUGUACCGGAAUUCUGUGAUUGCCCAGUGGAAAGCUAUGAACUUGGAUGUGCUGCUGACCCCCAUGCUGGGCCCUGCUUUGGAUUUGAACGCAUCAGGCAGAGCCACAGGGGCUAUCAGCUAUACCAUGCUCUACAACUGCCUAGACUUCCCUGCGGGGGUGGUGCCUGUCACCACUGUGACCGCUGAGGACGAUGCCCAGAUGGAACACUACAGAGGCUACUUUGGGGAUAUCUGGGACAUUACACUGAAGAAGGCCAUGAAGAAGAGUGUAGGCCUGCCAGUGGCCGUGCAGUGUGUGGCCCUGCCCUGGCAGGAAGAGUUGUGCCUGCGCUUCAUGAGGGAGGUGGAGCAGCUGAUGGCCCCUGAAAAGCAGCCGUCCUGAGGGUCAUCACCUGCCCUGCUCUGGAGGACCUGAGCCUACGAACUCUGUAGCCCUGUCUAGUCAGGGUACUACCACCUGUGAGGAAAUGCCGAGCCCAGGGAAGAGGCAUCCACCUGCCCUCCCCUGAACCCCUGCAGAAGCACAGAAACCCCCACCCCCACCCCCAACCAAGUUGGACCUUGCUCCCUUCUCUGAUCCUCUUUCCAUCCUGAUCCCCUACUUCAUGUGGCAGCCAGCAGGAAUGACCUGAGCCAAGGGUCACCAACAGUGAAGAAGGAAUGCAUUAUGUAUUUUCUGGGUGUUUCUGUUAGGGUUCUGGGAACCAGAGUCUGCUGAGAGGGCUGGCCUGAACCUCUAGAGCCAGCUGCAGUCUUGUCAUUCUCCUGCUUCCAAACCUCCCCGAUGUCACCACCCACAAGAUGGACAAACGGUCAUGUUCUCGACACUUGAUUCUGUCUCUUCCUUUUUUGUUGGGAUUCGGUCCAGCUUUGAUGGCCACUGCCCCUGGUCUUCCUCUGCUCCCUCCAUCUCUGCCGACAUGCCACCUUUUUUUUGCCUCUCCUCUUAGUACUUUGAAGCCCAGCAGACAUGUACCCCUUUUUGUCCCAGCAAACCUUCUGUCGUUCCUCUGGGCCCCAGAGGGUGUGGGAUCUUUAUUCCCAGUCUGUCCUGUAGGUGGAGUGGACAUCGGUGGGGGGUUGUCUUCCCUGAGGAUACUAUAGCUCUUCUCAGUGUCUCCUAUUACAAACAGCACAGGGCACCAGAGAAAGCAGCUGGGUUGGGCUGCAGGGAGCCAGGUGGGCACACCUGGCCCCGAGCUGGCAUUGUUGGGAAGAAGAGCCACCUGCCUGGGAGGAAUAAAACAAGGCACUCUGUCGGAGUUGUUACCACUGCUGACCAAGGCCUAGAAGGAAGUCUUCCUGGAGAAGGAGGAGGUGUACUGAGCCUAGAAAGUUCUCAGAGGCUGAGUUAAGAAAUGAGAACAUGGGGGCUGGAGAGAUGGCUCAGUGGUUAAGAGCACUGGCUGUUCUUCCAGAGGACCCCGGUUCAAUUUCCAAAGCACACUUACUCUCCCUCCCAGUAUCUCCAUGAUGUCUCUUUUCUUUCUUCCCCUGUCUCUAAAUUCCUCUUCCUCCUUUUUACUCUCCCUGCCCAGAAGUCCCACCUAUACCUUCUUCCUCACUAUUGACUGUUCAGCUUUUUUUAAAAUAUUUAUUUAUUUAUUUAUUAUGUAUACAAUAUUCUGUCUGUGUGUAUGCCUGCAGGCCAGAAGAGGGCACCAGACCUCAUUAGAGAUGGUUGUGAGCCACCAUGUGGUUGCUGGGAAUUGAACUCAGGACCUUUGGAAGAGCAGGCAAUGCUUUUAACCACUGAGCCAUCUCUCCAGCCCGACUGUUCAGCUUUUUAUUAGACCAAUCAGGUGCCUUAGGCAGGCAAGGUGAAACAGCAACACGUCUUCACAUACAAAUGGGACAUCUUUUAGGGUCAUCUGUGACAUUUCCCUUCUGCAAACCAUCUUCUGUUGUGCAUCCACAUGAUGCAAUUUCUUUUAUUGUUUAUUAUAAAACUCAGGGACAAAUAUAAUAGCCUGAGACAGUCACCACGGCCACAACACACCUGCCACUGUUUGCCUCAUGGCUCCAAAAGGGCUGCACAGCCUCUUCUCCGGGGGCCACCUCUCAAACCAAAUGCUCUAUCCAAUUAAACAACAGACCACAGCUUAAACAAAAUUCCCAUAACAUCCACAAAUCUGAACACCGGACCAAGGAAGGGAGGGGCAUGUCACUCUGGAUACCUGCCAGGGAACCCCUGUAGAGAUAGCCAUGUAGUCAAGCCAUGAGCGUCCCAGCCAGAUCCAUCUCCAGUCUGUGUUUUGUUAGCUUGCCAGUCUUGGCCAGGCUUCUGAAGUCUCCUACACAUAGGUUGUACUGGUGACCUAGGAUACCUUAAGUGAGUAAGACCACUUUUGGUCAGAGCUUUGUAAGGUUUAUCCUUGUAUGCACAGCCCCCGCCAUGGUGCCUGGCACUCAGUGAAUGGUCAGAGAAGGCUUGUUGGAGGAAUGACACACUUGUUAUGAGGAAACCUAUUUAGGCACCUCUUGGUUACUUCUCAUUCAUAAUAGGGAAUUUUCCAGUUUGUCCUUGACCUUCUACCUUUGUCUCACGUACUUUCUUCACUUUGAUUCAUGACUACAAGGACAAAUAUUUCCUUGUCCAUGUUCAACCUAGAGCUUUCUUUUUGUCUAGAGAGCUGCAUGUAUGAACUUCCCCACCCCUCAGCCCCUGCACUCCUUCCGUUCAUACCAUAAACAAUUGGGUUCCUCCCACAGUGUGCUCAGGGUGAUCAAACAGAAGCAGCCCCUGCUCGAAUGGUGUUUUCAUGCUACCAGAAACUGUGUGACUACUUCUCCUGACUUCUGGUGUUGAGGGUAGUCACCAUUCCCUUGGUCAUAGUGACCAGUGGCUUCACUGACUAGCCUAUGGGUGGCCAUGCCUCUCCCCGAAACAGACUGUAUUGAAGCAUCAAGAACAGUAGGGUUCCUAACACAAGUCCCCUCUGUCCUGCUUCCGACUCUCAUAGCCUUCCCUGCUUCUCUCUCCCCAUCCUCACCAAUGGGAAACCUAGCAGAUACAGAGACUGGAUUCCCAGGAUCCUAGCUGCCUGCCUCAGUCCUCACUUUCUUGGGUCAUCUCCCCUAGGGAGUUGUGGAAUAGACUUGAGGAAUAUGUCCCUCUUCUAGGUGAUCCUGUCUUCCAUCUCCACUGAGACAAGAACCUAGUCAAGCUGGGCGGUGGUGGCGCACACCUUUAAUCCCAGCACUCGGGAGGCAGAGGCAGGCGGAUCUCUGGGAGUUCGAGGCCAGCCUGGUCUACAAGAGCUAGUUCCUGGACAGGCACCAAAGCUACAGAGAAACCCUGUCUCCAAAAACAAAAACAACAACAAAAAAGAACCUAGUCAACAAAUCUGACUGUUUCCACCCCGCUCCAUUCUGAAAAUGUUUGCUGAGCACCCGGUAGAAACCUCAAAGCCUUCAGACAGCCAUUGCGUCUGUCUGGUUGGGAUUGGCAGAUGAAGUCCUUGGGCGCUGGGUGUAUCACAGACCCUCAGAGGGUGGUGGAGAGAAGCGUAGGGAAAGAAGCAUAGAGGCAUAGCCUUGGGUCUGCUGUGUGGCCUGGAGCAUGUGACAGCCCCUCUCUGGGCUUUGGGUUCCCCGGUUUGGAGUUCCUGAUUUUGGUAGCACACUCCCUCUGGAAGCCUGAGAUGUAGAGACUGGCGAUGGUGUCGGAGGUGUGGGGUCCUGUGUGCUGAAGAUCCAAGUGUCCUCUGCUGUCCCCUGCUUGGUGAUUGAUGGUCCCAAUGGGCAGCUUCUCUGUCUGAGCUGCUGCAGUUGCUGAGAAUGUGUAUUAAUAUUAAUUGGGACUAAUUAGUUGGAUAAAUCAAUCCACCCCCAGAGAGCAGCAAUCCCUCCCCGACUGAUGAGGAGGAAGUCUGGGCUAAUGGGGUCGUUGUGGCAAAUCUGCAUGAUGGAGAGGAUUCCUGGGCUGCCGAGGCCCCAUCUGUGGGCGGUGGUGGCCUAGGAACCAUGACUGUGAAUGCCGUCUGCGCCUUCUGCUGGAGUUUUCUGUGCUGUGGCUGAGUGUGUGUGUGUGUGUACCCAGCCACCUGUGUGCUGUGUAUAAGUUUCCUCCAAUUGAGAUGCUCCCUGCAGAAGGGAGGAAAGGGGCUCAUGAAACUUGGGAGGUGAACGACAUUCACAUCUGGACAAGCUGUGACUUGGAAGAUUCAUGAAGUUCCCUCUCCAGAGUUAUAGGAGAGGGGACUGAGCCGUAGUGCUGCCCAGAGUCCUCUCAGACCAGUAAAGCUUUUGUGAGCCGUCACACGUAUUGGAGUGGGCUGCUUGGGGAUGCAGCUGCCUUUGAGUCAUCCUUACUUCUUAAGUGACCCUUCACCUACACUCCUGUAGUAACCCC